AUGACUAUGCCUGACUCAGUCAACAGUUCUUUGUUGGAAUGUGAAACGACGUUCAUUAAGAUUCCUACUCCAUGGAACUUUGAAACUCGCUUAGAAGUAGAUGAAUUUGAAGUUGCCAGAAUGCUUGAAGAACAUCAGCUGAAGAUGGAGAUGAAGGUGAAUGACAUGCUUCCACAGCUGAGGCAAGAAGUGUUACAGAAUCAACAACAAUUUUUUCAGCAACACACUCAAACGUUUAAUGAAAUGUUUCAGAAACAACAACUGCACUGUCAGCAACUCAUUCAAUAUUUUACUCAGACUUUAGAGGAAAAUCUCAAAGCUGGUCCAUUAAAAGACUCGCCGAGGGAGAAGAAUGCGGUGGAGUUGUUGGAGGGACCGGUCUGUACAACAUCGAUUGCAGAAAACAACAAAACUAAAUCCAUCGAUAAACUGCUUCCUUAUGCAGAUGUGAUAAGCAAUGAUCCAAACAGUCAGCAGUUUCAAUCCCAGUACGAAACCUGUUGUGAGGAUGAUAUGGCAUCUGUGGAAAAUGUCGUUCUGCAUGUAGACAGUGCCAUUAACGUUCAGCCAAACAACAAUGUUGAAAUGGUGGAGGAGAGAGCUUCCGUAGAGAAGAUGAAUGCACCACCUCUGGAUGUUCCAAAACUUGAUGUUGCUGAUGGUGGCGAGGGUGGUGUUGAAAAUGUUGACCAGAUUUUUUUAAAUUCUUUGGAACGUUAUGAACAGACCUCAAAAAAACUUACUGCUGAUAAAUUGAUUCUUGUUAACAAUAAAAAGAAAGCCACAAAAGCGUUAAAAAUUAACGUUAAAUCGAAUUUGAAAAUGCUUGACAACAUUCCAAACAGUUCAACUACUGCAAAGACACAACAGCCACAACCAACAACAGCCACAACAACGAUGAAUACGAAAACCACAUUGCCUCCUCCACCAUCCAACGCUUCCAAAGAAUUAUUUGCAAUUCCAAGCAAGAGAGGAAAACCGAGGAAUGCCAAAUCUAAAAUGAACAAGCCCGACAACGAUAACGCAGAUGAGGUUCAGGAUAAUGAUGACGAUUGUGAUGAUGAUGAUUACGUUCCUGGGAAGGUUCCAGUUUUUGAUAAAAAGUUGCCAAGGAAACAGAGAUCUCGAAAAAGAUCCAUCUCAGAGAAUGCUGACAUCCAAAAAAGUGAAACCGCCCUACCCCAGAUUAUGGAAACGUUAUCAAUUGACGACCUCAAUGUCAAACAGGACAAGAAAAAGGGUGGUAACGUCGGCAGGUCCAAGCUGGCUACUAAAACUAACAAAUAA